AUGGGCGGGAGGGGCGGGAGGGACGACCACGCCGUCACUCUCCGCGCGCACGGCGGCGGACUCCGGACUCCCCCGGCCUCCCAACGCGCGCCCUGGGCGGGGCGGGGCCGGAAACUCGAGCGCGGAUUGGCCGGUAGAAAGCAGCACACGCAUAUGUUUAAAAGGCCCAAUCAGCGCCCGGCCUCUCCGCGCCAGCCAAUGGGGAGCCAGAGGGGCGGGCAGGAAGGGCGGAGCCGCUAUUUGAACCUGGGCGCGGGGUCGGGGCCUCGGUCUGGCUUCCCGCUGGAGUGCGGGAUUGGUGCUCCGCGCGCCAUGGAGGGCGACGUCCUGGGGGAGGAAGCUCUGCUGCGGAAGCUCAGGGACAGCCGCCGCCGCUUCCAGAAGCGCAUGCAGCGGCUGAUAGAGAAGUACAACCAGCCCUUCGAGGAUGCCCCGCUGGUGCAGAUGUCCACGCUGACCUACGACACGCCCGAGGGAUUGAGAAUUUGGGGUGGAAGUCUUGUAAAGGAAAGAAACAAGGAACAAAUCCAGGACUCGCCCGUGAAGACGGUCAGCAGGAAAGAUGGCCCCGAGCAAGCCGCCGCCACAGGUCACGAGCUUCCUGUGUCCUGCACACCAGUCCUGGGAGUGGAUUCCCAAAGCAGAGAUGCUGACGCAACUUUCUACCAGGAAGAUCUGGCUGCUGGGGCCCUAAUGCCUGCAGUGCCCCGGAGCCCUUUGAAAAAUGAGCUGAGGAGGAAGUACUUGACCCAAGUGGAUAUCCUGCUGCAGGAUGAAGGGUAUUUCAAGCGUGCUGGUUACAGCGAUGGAAAAGACACACGUGGGACCCUCGUCCCUUCAUUGGCCUUGCCUACCAGGCCUGCCCGUGGAUGCUGUGAUAUUAUCUCUGAAAAGAGUCCUGGCAGCCCGAUGAAGCCAACUUCCCCUCCCAGAGAGUGCAGUCCUUCACGUGCUUGCUCGACAGACCUGGCCAUAGUGCCUAGAAAUGCCGGUGUCUCAGUACAAGGGACCAGUGGUAACAGCCUCUCGAGCAGCCAGUCCUUCGAGGCCGACGACAUUUGCAACAUGACCAUCAGCGACAUGUACGCGGGCAUGCUGCACUCAAUGAGCCGGCUGCUGAGUGCAAAGCCAUCAUGCAUCAUCUCCACCAAGACGUUCAUCCUUCAAAACUGGAACUCCAGGAGGAGGCACAGGUGCAAGAGCAGGAUGAACAGGACGUACUGCCGAGCAGGCGGGCACGCUCACAGGGGCUCCCGGGAGAGACCUUCGCCCUGUUCCAAGCCAGCGAAAGAGGUGGGGGCAUUAAGAGACUGCGAGAACUUACUAGAUGCUUCUGGCCAUAAGACAGGUUUAAAAUCGCAAAAAGCUAUUCUUGAAGUAAACAAGCGCCAAGUCCAUAAAUUAGAUCCAAGUUGGAAAGAGCUUAAAGGAACAUUCCAGAAGGCCUCUUCACUGACUUAUUUAGACUCUCGUGCAAUGUAUCAUCUUGAUCAGGAAAAUAGAUUUAUGACAUUAAAAUGGUUAAUUUCUCCUGUAAAAAUAGUUUCCAGACCAAGAAUACUGCCAGGCGAGGGAGGGAAUCAUUGUAGGGAGAUCGAAAUCAAAUUUGAUAAGCUACAUCAGGAAUAUUGCCCGAAUCCCAGGAAGCGGUCCUGCCUGACCUACCUCUCUGGCUCCUCGGCUGUGGAUGUGUACAGAGGUGGUCCAGCAAGCCCUGGGGGCCCCCUGGGCCAAGAAACCCACAGGCUGAGUAGGCCUUUCAUCAAAGCAAAAGCUAAAAGAUUAAAUGAGGCUUUUGAAAACCUGGGCAGAAGAUCCAUCGAAGCAGGUAGAUGCCUGCCAUCAAGCGAUUCUUCUCUUCAGACUGAGCCCACACAGAGCCCAGGCCGCUCGGAGCAGAUAUCCGGCCUUCUUUUUCAAGGAAACAAUCUGGGAAUGUUUAGAAAGUCAGAAUCACCCAGCAAAGCUAUUUCAGUACCAAAGAUACAACCUCUAAGCUAUGGAAGGGAUCGUUAUGAUGAAAUUAAAGAAAAAUUUGACAGGCUUCACCAAAAGUAUUGCCAGAAGUCACCGCAGUGGACAAAGACGCCUUUAUGUAUUGGAGUGUCUCCAGAUAAAGCAGGUGUGGAAGUCCAGUAUCAAAAAGAAGACUUAGGAAAAUUAAAACCAGACUUUGGUUUCCAGGGUCCCCAAAAGUUGUCAUUAUCACCCCAGCGGAGCAUCAGAAGUCCACUGGGCUCAACUGCAGUUGAGUUUCAUCCAUCGACAUACUUUGUGUUUGCUGCCAGGAGGGACCAUGAGUCCCCGGCAAAAAGACGCCGAUUAUCAGAUCCCGGGGUGUGUGGACAGUCGGCUCAUUCCCAGAAUUCCUCACGUGUGGUGGGCAAAGCUGUCCCCAGGCCAGGAGAGGUUGGCUCCUCACAGCGUGACUGGGAAGAGAAGAAGAAAGAACAACACAUCUUUCAGGACGGAAGAGAAAAGUGAUUUUGUGUUAGAAAAAUUCAAAGCUGAAAAUCUAUAGCCAAGUUAUUUUAGAUUUUUGUUCCUCAUCCCCCUUACUGUGUUGGGGUUUUUUUUUAAUUCUCAAGAAUAUGUUAGAACCUGCUUCCCUUAUCUGCCCUCAAAGCAAAUUUCAGUGAAAUUGGUUUCAUUGAGAUGACUCUGAGUUCUUGCUGUGGAAAUCAUUUGAAUAAAUUUGCUCAAUUAACAUUUUUAAUGUUAUCCUUUAUAGGCCUAUUUUUCUCAUGUUUUCUUUUAGAUUUAGACAUGUCUAGAGAAUUCUUCCAUACAUGUUCUAUUUCGUUAGAGAAUAUUGUUUGCUGUGAAACCUAAGUUGAAGCCUACGAUGAUCCUCGAAGGAAAUACAGCUGCUUAGUCUUGUAAACGCAGACCCAUGGGACUUGGUAUCUUCCAUGUUAGGAGGCAGCAAAUUGAAUCAUAAUGUAAGUCACCAUAGAAAGUAACUCCUAACAACUUAACGUUUCUAGAUGAAAACGUGCUGUAUUUUAACAGUCCUGUGAUGGUCCCAGAACACUCUCACAGCCACACGGCAUCCGUGACAUCUCAUGAUUUUUGUUGGAGCUGUUUAUAAUAGGGUAUCACAGUGACUUUUUAAAUAAAAUAUUUCAAAUAUUCAGAACACAGUAAUAAAACCCAUGUACCAACCAUCCUGAGUAAAUAAAAAAGUAAAAAAUCA